UGCUUCAUUGCGUCGCUUCUUCUCAUCAGCAACUAAAACCCUACUGCCUCUUAUUUCGUUCUCUCUCUCUCUCUCUCUCUCUCUGUUCCGUGGUCGACUCGCUCCAGCGGCAUCUCUACGUUCACUACUCGUGUGAAAGAAAAAGCAAACUGGACAACUGGUAAUAUGUUGAUUUGACCCGACAAGACGACCCGGAAGAGAAAUGGAAUUGGAACAUGCCCUUUAAUUGUACAUUGUCAUGUCAUUAUGAGGGUGCGGUUGGCAACUUGGGAGCAUUUCUCCGACUUGGAAAAGUGUUUGACCUAGGUACAAAAAGGUAAUUUCACUCUCAAUCUCCCGCUUAUACCUUGCGGAGUCUCUCUCCACCGCAACUCUUUCUCUCUGUCUCUCUUUGAGACUACCCUUGGAAGUCUCGGACAACUUCGCUUUAUCUCCGGCGGUCGAUUGGAUGGACUGGGGUGGUUUUCGUGCCUCUUAUCACUGACAUGCAUAGUUUUUGCUUGUAUUGAAGAGGUCAACUGCUGAAAACUUGCAUUGUUCAAUUCUUGCAGUUUCUCAAUAUGAUAGUGGCUGAAACCAAGACCAUUCAUCCCCAAGACCAUUCCUCCAUCGCAAUGACCAAUCCAAACCCACCUCCAACAGCCUCCAGGGUCAGCGCCAAGACCAUUCACAAAGCCGUGAAGGCACUCCUGAAGUGGAGAAACUCCAAGUCGGAGACCGAAAAGCCCCAGCUACUAGAACAUGAGGAAUACUUCUACCUCAUACUCACCCUCAAGAAAAUCCCUUCCAAGUCUCGCAUGAACCCACACAAGAUCCUACUCCCACACGCCCUCCACCCCCCCAACCUCUCCCAAGAGCUCUGCCUCAUUGUUGACGACCGCCCCCACUCCAAUCUCAACAAAGCCUCCGCCAAAUCCAAGAUCGAAUCCGACCAAAUACCCAUCUCCAAAGUCCUCAAGUUGUCCAAGCUCAAAUCGGACUAUCGCCCAUUUGAGGCCAAGAGGAAGCUCUGUGAUUCAUAUGACAUGUUCUUUACGGACAAGCGGAUUGUGCCGCUCUUACCUGGGUUGUUGGGGAAGCACUUUUAUAAGAAGAAGAAGAUUCCGGUGCCGGUGGACUUGAGGCACAAGAAUUGGAAGGAGCAGAUUGAGAAGGCCUACUCUUCAGCCCUGUUGUUCUUGAAGACAGGGACUUGUAGUGUGGUGAAGGUGGCUAGGGUGAGUAUGGAGGAGGAGGAGAUUGUGGAGAAUGUGGUGGCUGCGAUCAAUGGGAUUGCGGAGAUUGUGCCCCGGAAGUGGGUGGGUGUGAGAUCGUUGCAUCUGAAGCUGCUGGAGUCAUUGGCAUUGCCACUGUACCAGGCGGUGCCGGAUGUGAGGUUGAGGAUUGAGGGAGUGAAGGAGGAGGAAGAGAGGGGAGAGGGUGAAAAGGUUGGUGAGGAUGAGGGGAAGAAGGGUAAGAGAGUGGGGAAGAAGAGGGGGAGGAUUCAUGAAGUGAGGUACAUGGACGGGAUUGGAGGUGAGGUGUUUGACGAAGAUGAAAUGGGCACCGAUGUGAUUGAAGGCGGGGAUGUUGGUGAAGGUGAGGAUAGUGAGAAUGGUAAAAUGGGUAGUGGUGAAUUGGGGAGUAAGAAGAGGAAAAAGGGAGAUAAGGCUGAAGAAAGGGUUUCUAGGGAGUCAAAACGCGUGAAGAAGCCGGGUAAGUUGAAGAAUAAAGAUGGUCUAACAUAUAAGAGAGAUGGGUCGCUGGCUGCUAAGGGAAAGAAGGAAGAUGGUAUUAAGAAAAGAAAGGUCGGGUUGCCUGUUGAAGAUGGGGAGUCUGGUGGUAAGAAGGAGAAGAAGAGUGGGCUGUUGAAGUUGAAGAGUGGAGAAACAAAGGUGAAGGCUAAUAAAAGCAAGAAAGCAGUGGAAUAAUUCGGUUUAAAAGACCAAAGAAGUUGGAGAUGGUAAUUUGUCCUCUAGAAGAUUUUGUUUUGAGUGUCAGUUGCUGCCCUCAUCGGCCCGGUAACCUUUGUAUAGUAUUUUGUCUUAUGUUCUUUUUCUUAGACUAUGGAAAUUCUGCUACUUGACAUUACUAACCACUUUCUUUGGUAAUUUGAUUAUUUAGAAAAAUUUUGAGUGGUUGAUUUAA